AUGGCUUUCGAGCGCCCCCUACCCAUCUCCGGGGUCUGGGAGAACCCCGAUGCCUACAUCGAGGCCCUUCUCUCCUUCUCCACCAAGUCCGUACUCUUCAUGAAUUUGUGCGGUGGCGUGCAUAUGGUGGAUUUUCUGACUCGCGAGCCUGAUGUCUAUACAACACUCCUGCCAGAAAACUGGAGGAAAUUCUUCGAUCAACAUGAUGUCCAGGAUAUCAUCCAUCUACUACUACGGGAGGAUAUUGAACACUUGCGCGACACUAACAAGUCUGCCGGAGAGGAAAGCAGCCAUACUUGGAAUGGAGGCGCUUUUCCUCCCCAGAGCCUCUUGGAUUACAUUUUCAACGUUCGUCACUUAUCGCUUGGCCGAGAAUUCUCAAGGUCAUCUUUAAAGGACAUCGAGUUACCGAAGCAAGUUGCCAUGCGCAUGAACAAGAAGAAAGUACACGAGGUUGAGUGCUUUUCGCAGUAUGUCGGAACCCUAUCAGACACCGUUCAUGAAAGGCGAGGGGAGCGAGUCUCCCAUAUAGUGGACUUUGGGUCUGGUCAGAAUUACCUUGGCCGGACGUUGGCUAGCUCGCCUUAUCAUAAGCAUAUCAUCGCUAUUGAGCGAAAGCAUCAGUACAUCGACGGUGCUAAGGGCAUGGAUAUUCGGGCCAAAUUGGCAAAGGAUCCGAAGGCUAUAUAUGCGACGAAAGAUAAAAAGGUGUGCGAUGAUUGUAAUGAGACUUCGGGGGUGAAUACCCCAGGAAGCCCUCAAUCAACAUCAGAAGGUUCACCGACCUCGGAGGAUGUUCCUCUUGCCAACAUCCUGGGCCAAGUCAGCAUUGAAUCAGACGACCUCGGCUCCGAUGAUAAGAACGCCCCUCAGGAAAGUUCAUUGAAGGCGAAAAUUGAAACACGCGGUACCCUUAGCUACGUUGAGCAUGAAAUCUCAGACGGCUACCUGCAGCCCAUUAUCGACCACAUCGUCAACCCUUCCCACUCCAGACCGCUGGUCGAGGAAGGAAAGGAAGUAAGCGAUGGCAAAUUGAUGGUCGUCUCCCUGCACUCCUGUGGAAACCUAGUUCAUCACGGCCUACGAUCCUUGGUUCUAAACCCCUCGAUUGCGGCCGUUGCCAUGAUCGGCUGCUGCUACAAUUUGUUGACCGAACGGCUUGGUCCCGCCACGACCGAUCUCCCUGUACUUCAAUCUCUUCACCCUCGACUAGAAGAGAGCGGAAAAUCCUACGACCCACACGGAUUCCCCAUGUCGAAGUACUACGAGGAUUACCGAAGUCCCGGCGCAACGACAGGCAUGAAGCUGAAUGUCACUGCCCGCGCAUUGGCUAUGCAAGCUCCCUACAACUGGAAAUACGACGAUAGUGAAGUGUCAUUCACCCGACAUUUCUUCCGUGCUCUUUUGCAGAGGAUCCUCGUUGAUCGAGAUGUUCUUCCUAAGCCUUCCGGUGCGACUCAGUCAGAUACCAAGGCCGAUUCAAUCAUCCUCGGAAAAUUACCCAAAGCAGCUUUCAAGUCCUUUAAUGCGUAUUUCCGUGCUGCCACGACCAAAAUGAUCCGAGACCCUGUCUUUGGGUCCCUGGUGCAGGAGAAUCUGACUGGCAUGACGGAUGAGGACAUUCACCACUACGAGACUGAGUUUUCCCAUGUGAGGAAACAUAUCAGUGUCAUGUGGAGCUUGAUGGCAUUUAGUUCGCAGCUUAUCGAGUCUAUUAUUGUUGUGGAUCGAUGGCAGUUCCUCCGUGAACAGGACUGCGUCAAAGAUUGUUGGGUUAAGCCGUUGUUCGACUACGGUGAAAGUCCACGGAACCUGGCAGUCAUGGGACUCAAGAAGGCAUGA